CGACAGCAGCAGCAGCAGCUUCGUGAGUGAGUCGGAGGGCAGGCGAGCGCAGAGACCCAGGCCGGCCGUAAAGCAUGUCGAAUGACCCACCUCCACCCUACCCGGGGGGACCCUCUGCCCCACUCAUAGAAGAGAAGGAUGGCUACCCUUUCCCAGCAGGCAGAGUCUCGCCCGCAAUGGUGCAGCCACAAGGAGCCCCACAGCCCCCGAUGGACAUCGGACCCCCGCCGUACGAACCUCCACUGCAGCCGGGGUUCAUGGGCACCGAUGGCUCAGUGCCCUACAUGCCACCUGGAGGCUACUACAUGCCCCCAGGACCACCCCACCCCAUGGGCUACUACCCUCCAGCAGGCCCCUACGCCCCUGGAGGGGGCCAGACGGCCACGGUGCUGGUGCCCUCGGGGGCCGCGGCCACCGUGACAGUCCUGCAGGGCGAGAUCUUCCAGGCCGCCCCCGUCCCGACCGUUUGCCCGCACUGCCAGCAGGCCAUCACCACCAAGAUCACGCACGAGAUCGGCCUCAUGAACUUCCUGCUGGGGUUCUUCUGCUGCUUUGUGGGGUGCGACUUGGGCUGCUGCCUGAUCCCUUGCCUGAUAGACGAAUUCAAGGACGUGACACACACCUGCCCCAACUGCAAGGCCUAUAUCUACACGUACAAGCGCAUGUGCUAGCAGUGCCCGCUGGGCCAGGAGACGUCCGCUCCCUCCCCUCUUUGCGCCACUGGCCCGACUCACCUGUGCCCAACGCUCCCCCCUG